ACUGCUGCCAUUAUGGCUACUUCUACCAGUGUUGAAAUAAUUGACCUUACCAAUUCACCGCCCCCCGAACCAAUCACGAUCGACGAUUCCGACAAUGAACUACCGUUACCGGAACCUGAUACUCUCUCACCGAACAAGUCCAAGUCACGGUCCAAGAGGGAAAAAUCGCGUAAAGCUUCUAAAUCGCGCAAGACUACUAUUACUGAAUCACCUCGCCGAGUUGAACGCGCCGGGGCGCGUGACGCGAAGGAUGGGCGGCGGGACGAGAAACGAGAGGACAAGGCAUCGGGACGGAUGAAGAAGUCGUCAGCGGAGCAGAUAGGCAAUCAAGGAAGCGAGGCUCAAGGUGGAAGAGAAGAAGGGGAAGUCGAAGAGGAGGCGUCUGGUCGUUCAAAGAAGAGAGAGAGGAAACACCGCAGCGGGGAAGACGAACAGGCCUUGGAAAUCGCGGACGACCAGCUAUUCUUUAUCGACACAAAACCUAUCGCAGUUCCUCGGGUCGAUGAGAAUCAGACCGCUGGGCCAUCCACAAACACAUUACUUUUGGGAGCACCAUCUAAACCGGACUCUGACGCUUCCAAGUUGCUUUUGCCUGCUCAUGUCACUAUAUGGGACCUUGACUUUGGUGUCGACUCUGCGGCACCUGUGGACAUCAUUCUUCCCACCGAAAAAGACUCGGAUACUGAGUCAUAUAUAGAACAUCUUGACUACGAUGAUCGUCCAGCACAGCGAUAUUUUGAUGAACAGAAGGCCGAGGACUCUAAGCCGACGAGCUUCGUAUGUAAGAAGUGCGGUGUCAAGAACGAUCACAAGACUUGGGAGUGUCGAACACAAAUUUGUUUGACGUGCGGGGCUCGUGACGAGCAUUCAACUUAUGGCUGCCCGGUUAGCAAAGUUUGCUUCACGUGUAAUAUGAAGGGGCAUUUGAACAGGGAUUGUCCAAAUCGCGCAAUUGCACACUCCAUGGCUGCGGACAAAUAUCAUGAUUGUGAUCGUUGUGGGUCGCAAAACCAUACUACACAAGAAUGUCCAACUUUGUGGCGCCAAUAUGUCUAUGUCACCGACAACGAGCGAAACGAUAUCUUGAGACAGCGAGAAGAGAUGCGAGCACUAGGACUCGGCCAGGGUGGCGAAGGGUACAUCGCGGGAGAUGAUUGGUGUUACAAUUGUGGAAGCGCUAAUCAUCUAGGCGAUGACUGCGAGGUCCUUCGACAUCCACCCGACUUCCCCAUAGAGCCGUCCGCGUUCAGCUCCUACAACACACUUUCUGGGCCUUUCUCCGACUCACCCGCACAGAUCGAGCGCCAUAGACGCGAACUUCGAGAUUGGGAGAACGACACCACCAUUCCGGACCGCUGGGACUCUAACGCUCCUAACAACGUUGGCAGACAAGCGAAGGACAAGAACAGAGCCCGACUGGCGCAGCGUGCACAGGAACUCGAGGAAGACGAAGGUGACGACUGGUUUGGCAACCCUAGGAACGCUAGGAGUCGAGGCGUACCACCUUCUGCACCUUCAGGCCCUCGCGAUCGCAGCAAGAGCGGUGGUGGUGGAUUUGGAGGAUUUGUGCAAGGCCCGGCACCUGCAAAGAAGAUGACAUUCGGCAACUUUGGGCAGAAACAGGCGGAUUCAUCCUCUUCGAGCCGUGGGCGCGACUAUGGCAGGAAUGUGGACGAAGGACGGUCGAGGAAGCCAAGCCUUGUAGAGCGGCUGCAGGGUGAUGGCGAAUUGAAGAUACGGGGCGCAUCGUCUUCUUCGUCGAGUAAGCGGAAGUACGAUGAUCAUCGAGAUGACGAGCGUGGGUACUAUAGGGACAACAGGAGAGACAGGGAGAGCGAUAAGGAGAGAAGGAGGGAUUGGGACAGAGAGUAUGAGCGAGCAGAUCGGGAUCGUUAUGGCCAUCGUGACGGUGGGUAUAGCGGUGGGUACAGCGGUAGUAGACGAGACGACAGGGGGCCGAAGUACAAGGGGACUAUCAAGUAG